AUGGCAGUGCGGCAGUGCGGUGGCGGUGGCAGGGCGGUCUCAGUGCGGUGGAAGGGCGAUGGCAGUGCGGCAAGGCGGUGGCGGUGGAAGGGCGGCGGCAGGGCGCGGUGGCAGGAUGGUGGCAAGGCGGUGCACAGAAGGCGGUGCACAAUUAAGGACGCAAAAGACUUUGACAAAAUCAACAAGCAAGUAUUUCUACGUGUGCUGCGUUACAACGCCACGCUUCAAACGAAGGACUCGUGGAUAUAUGUGAUUUCCCCGCCGCUGAAGGUGACAGUGACGAUGAAAAUGACGAUGGGUGCUACAUCGACACACCGCCAGAAUCCUUAA